GGGGAAGCGGGCGGAGGCCGCGGCGAAGGGGCUCUGGGGACAGUAACUGAGACACUCGAAGCUCGAACGUGGGUGGAAAAUUCUGUCCUGGGGAUUCCGGAAGAGUUGUUUGCGUUUACUUUUCGUUUUUCUCCCCUUUCUUGCUCUUGCAUGGAGGACGGUGGGAGGGAAAAGACGCUGAAACGGUCGCGUCCAGUGUUGGUGUCCCGAGGUUUGAGGAAAUAAAUAGCACCGUGGCGGCGGAGCAGCGGUGAGCGCUUACUGCGAGGAGCUGAACGCAGACCUCCGUGCAGUCCUGAGAAAGCUGUACCCAAACCUCCGGGGGAAUAGAACGACCCGCCGUAACCCCGGCAUCUGCCACAGAGAAGGCACGCUGGGGUUCCCACGCUGGCAUCCCCGGCGGCUGCCCACGCGGAUCGUUCGGGGACUCUCCUGCCGGUGGCCCCUUCGUGACUCCCCACUCGCCAGGCACGCCGGUGGUGGCAUUUUUAAUGGGCAGACUAUGUGACUCUUACUCAGACUAGAGUGACCUAGUGAUUACAUGGUGACUCCCCAAGUCUCCCCAUUUUAAAGAAGACAGAGACCCAAAGCAAAGAAAUCUGCGUCACAAAAAGGAUUCAAGGGUCAUGCAAGCCAACUGUAGCCAAUUGCACAGAGCUGCAGGUAGUGAGGAUGCCUCAGCCUCCCAGUGUGUCCACACAAAAUUGACAGGAGAAGGUUCUUGUCUUCAUUCUGGAGAUGUGCAUAUCCAGAUUAACUCCAUACCUAAAGAAUGUGCUGAAAAUCCAAGCUCCAGAAAUAUAAGGUCAGGUGUCCAUAGCUGUACCCAUGGAUGUGUACACAGUCACUUACGGAGUCACUCCCAUAACGAAGCAAGGCAGCCUGAUGAUACUUCCAUGGAGUCUGAAGAUCAUGGUAGUAGCUCCUUUUCAGAAUUCCGGUAUCUCUUCAAGUGGCUGCAAAAGAGUCUUCCAUAUAUUUUGAUUCUGGGUGUUAAACUUGUUAUGCAGCAUGUAACAGGAAUUUCUCUUGGAAUUGGACUGCUUACAACUUUUAUGUAUGCAAACAAAAGCAUUGUAAAUCAGGUUUUUCUAAGAGAAAGGUGCUCAAAGAUUCAGUGUGCUUGGUUACUGGUAUUCUUAGCAGGAUCUUCUGUUCUUUUAUAUUACACCUUUCAUUCUCAGUCACUUUAUCACAGCUUAAUUUUUUUAAAUCCUACUUUGGAUCAUUCAAGCUUCUGGGAAGUACUUUGGGUUGUUGGAAUUACAGACUUCAUUCUGAAAUUCUUCUGCAUGGGCUUAAAAUGCCUUAUUUUAUUGGUGCCUUCUUUCAUCACGCCUUUUAAAUCCAAGGGUUACUGGUAUAUGCUUUUAGAAGAAUUAUGUCAGUAUUACCGAACUUUUGUUCCCAUACCAGUUUGGUUUCGUUACCUUAUAAGCUAUGGGGAGUUUGGUAAUGUAACUAGAAGGAGUCUUGGGAUAUUGCUGGCUUUCCUCUACCUCAUACUAAAACUUUUGGAUUUUUUUGGACAUCUAAGAAAUUUCAGACGAGUUUUGCGAACAUUUUUUACACGACCAAGUUAUGGAGUGGCUGCCAGCAAGAGACAGUGUUCAGAUGUGGAUAAUAUUUGUUCAAUAUGUCAAGCUGAAUUUCAAAAGCCAAUUCUUCUCAUCUGUCAGCAUAUAUUUUGUGAAGAGUGCAUUACCUUAUGGUUUAACAGAGAGAAAACAUGUCCGCUGUGCAGAACUGUGAUUUCAGACCAUAUAAACAAAUGGAAAGAUGGAACCACUUCAUCACACCUUCAAAUAUAUUAAGUUCUGUAAAUUAAUAAGGCUACAAAACACUUUAUUGUAGUCCAGUUUAUCAAAAGACUGAAAGAACUCCAUGUUUUAAAGAAUAUAUAAUAUUCAAACUAAUGCAUAUACGUUUAUUCUAUCCUAAUUAUUUGACCGAUGAUUGCAGUGUUAAAUUGUUUUUUUGUUGUUGUUGUUAAUGUUACCAAAAAAGCAAAUGGAUAACCAGAACUAGUUCUUAGAGGAUCUCAGGUAUUCUUUCCUGACAUUAUUUUCAAAAUAAAGAAUAUUUUUCUUGACAUUUUAAGAUAUACAUUAUCUGAAAGUAGAAUUUUCUUAGCAUUGACUUUUAUA